AUGUCAGCUUCCUACACUGCCAACUUCACCAACCCUUCCGCCUUCAUUCUACUUGGAAUUCCUGGCCUGGAGGGAGCCCAUGUCUGGAUCUCCAUCCCCUUCUGUACCAUGUACGCUAUAGCUGUCUUGGGAAACUCUGCCAUUCUAUUCAUUGUGAAGAGGGAGCCGAGCCUCCAUGGGCCCAUGUACUAUUUCCUCAGCAUGCUGGCCUUCAUUGACCUGGCCCUGUCCACGUGCACCCUGCCCAAAACACUGAGCAUCUUCUGGUUCAAUUCCAGGGAGAUCGAUUUCAAUGCCUGCCUCACCCAAAUGUAUUUCCUUCGCUGCUCCUCCAUGAUGGAGUCUGGGAUUUUGGUAGCCAUGGCUUUUGAUCGCUAUGUGGCCAUCUGUGAUCCCCUGAGACACUGCACUGUCCUGACAAACUCUGUGGUGGCCAAGAUUGGUCUGGCCGUGGUACUGCGCGGUGGCGUGCUUGUGCUGCCUUUUCCGUUACUGGCAAGGAAUUUGCCAUAUUGCAGAACCAACAUCAUCCCCCACUCGUCCUGCGAGCACAUGGCCGUGGUGAAGCUGGCCUGUGCUGACACCCGCAUCAAUAGUUACUACGGUCUCUUUGUGGCAUCCUUUUUGCCUGGUCUGGAUGUGAUUUUUAUCGCUGUGUCCUAUACCCAGAUCCUCAGAGCCAUCUUCAGCCUCCCCACCAAGGACGCCCGGCUGAAAACUUUUAACACCUGCAUCUCCCACCUCUGUGCCAUCUUAGUCUUUUACAUCACAAUUAUCUUUUCCUCCCUCACGUACCGUUUUGGCCACAAUAUUGCUCUAUGGGUCCACGUCCUCAUAUCCAAUUUGUACUCGCUGGUGCCCCCCAUGCUAAACCCCAUCAUCUAUGGAGUGAGGACCAAACAGUUGCAGAACAGUCUGUUCCAGCUUGUUACUCAUAAAGGGACCUAA